CUCUCUCAUCUGAAAACAUACCAUAUAACAAACACAAUUUGAUAAGGAAAAAAAACAUAACACAAAACACAUUUGUAACAUUAGUUUAACUAUCAGACAAAACACAUUCUUCUUAUGUCGAAUACAAAAUCUCCGACCACCGGGAAUCAAGAAACUACGACGUCGUCUCGUGAAGUCUCAAUCGCAUUGCCUUCAAAACCUUCUGAUCACUCUCCUCAAUCCUCUCCAAGUUCUUCUUCUUCACCGAGACCGUCUACUCUCGCCUCCGCCGGUGGAUCUCCGGCGAGGAGAACGGGGACUGGAUUAUCCGGGAAGCACUCUUUCUUCAGGGGAAUAAGGCUACGAAACGGGAAAUGGGUAUCGGAGAUCAGAGAGCCACGUAAAACGACAAGGAUAUGGCUCGGGACUUAUCCGGUACCGGAGAUGGCUGCAGCGGCUUACGACGUGGCGGCUUUAGCUUUAAAAGGCUCCGACGCCGUUUUGAAUUUUCCUGGUUUGGCUUUGACUUACGUGCCUCCGGUUUCGAACUCUGCUGCGGAUAUAAGAGCGGCUGCUAGCAAAGCAGCGGAGAUGAAGCAGCCGGAUCCGGGUGAAGCUGAGAAGGUAUUGGAUCCGACGGGUCAACCCGGGAAAGAGGAAGAAGUAGUAGUAGAAGGAGAAGAAGGGUUUGAGUUUAUGGAUGAGGAAGAGAUGUUGAAUAUGCCGACUUUGUUGACGGAGAUGGCUGAAGGUAUGUUGAUGAGUCCACCGAGAAUGAUGAUAACUCCGACGGUGGAUGAUGAUUCGCCGGAGAAUCAUCAUGGAGAUAAUCUUUGGAGUUACAAAUAAAAAUCCUUUGAAGCUGUCUUUUUCUUGUUUUUUUUUGCCGGUCGAAUGAUAUUUUUAUUUUAUUUUUUUGGGUCGAUGUAAUCGGAAAGUCAAAUAGGUUAUUAAUAUAUUUGAAAAACGUUAUUUUUAUGCA